UUGUAUAAAUGUUUUGAAUAAAAUUUCUCUCUCAACCCUAGAUUGAAACUGAAUUAAUUAUUCCAAUUUGGAAUAUGUCUUAGCACACUUUAGAUGAACCAUUCCCACUUAUCGUGUCAACUUCAUAUUUUUUUUUGAUGAAAUGUAAAUAUUUAUAAAGCAUCCAAAAACAACAUUUUACAAUGUAUCACACUAAUUCGAAAAAUACUAUCUAUGUUAGAUAAAUCUAAUCUAAAUAAAAAGCAUCAUCAAAAUAAUGGGGCAUCCCCCAUAUCCACCUAAUCAGAUAAAUCAAAUACAAACAACCAUCAAACAUACAAAUUAGCCUAAACCUAUUUGAGCAAGCUCAGCUUCCCUCCCUUUCUUCAUCUCCGUAUAUUGUGUGAUUUUUUCCCAAUAAUCCUCAAGAAUUUUCUAUUCCUCCUCAUCUGAGAACGUCGCCUCUUCAUCGGAUCCCCCCUCUUUUGCGUCCUCUCCCCCCUCCGGUUCCGGCACGGCAUCCGGUUCAUUUGGUGUAGUUGUCUCGGGCACGAGCUUCACUCUAGCUAGUCUAGACCCUCACCCCGUCUUUAAUACUCCUCUCAUUGGCCUCCUUCAAUAUUUUUUCUUUUUCUUUGUCCUUUAGUGUAAUUUUAAUAGCCUCAUUCACCGUUUUCUUUUCCUUUUCAACAAUAGUCUCAUCCCGUUGUUUUGCUACCAAUUUCUAGCAAAUAAAUGGGUGGUGCCCAUACAUUUUACAACGGAAACAAAAGUUGGGGAAAGUUUCAUAAACCACCAUUUGUUUGACUACUUUACGGGAAGGUAAUCGUAUAGGAAAAGAUAACAGAGGUGGUUUAGAAACAUCAACCUCAAUUAGAACUCUAGCAAAGUGACGAUUGCUCCUAUUUUCAGUGAUUUUGACCUUAGAAAGCGGGACCCCUACCAUAGAUGCAACUUCACUCAUAGCCUCCUCAUUCCAAAGUUUCAUAUGUAGUUGAGGAAAUUUUACCCAAAUGGGGACUUUGAGAAUUUCAUCAUCAUCAAAGGAAAAAUCUUCCGAAAGUUUUUCUAGCAUGAGUUGUAUACCAAAGAUGGUAUAAGGACCUCCAUUCAAUACUAUUCAAAGGGAAAUUACCCUAAAUAGGAGUAAAUGAGGUUUGGAAUUCCAAAAAAGGACUACUAUAUUUUUCUUCCCAAAAUAGGAGUUUUUACUGCCAUGUGUAAAAAUACUGACAUAAUUAAAAAAUAUUGUCAUUAGUUAUAAUAAAUAUUGUCAUGUUAAAUGCACUGUACUGCAACUAUUUGACAAUCACGCCUACAAGAUGACAGUAAAUACUGUCAUGUUAGUCAUAUUUCAGGAAUAAAAACAUAGUAGUCCUAUAUUUUGGAAUUUCAAACUCCAUUUACUCCUAUUUUGGGAAAUCUCCCAAUUUAAAAAUAAUUCAUCCCUUGCUAUGUGUAUCAACAAUGCAACUAACUCCCCACGUGUUCUUCAAGUCAUAGACCACUUUAAGGCCCGUAAAUUUCUCGUUAAAAAAACCCACAAGACAAAAUCCCCACAUGUCAACCAUAGAAGGCAAACUUUAUCCGUAAAAUCUAAAGAUGUUCAUUUCGGCGGGAUAUACCUCAAUUUCAAGCCAUUUGAAGGGUCACGGUUGUCUUUGAACAAUGAAGACCAAGGUUUAGCAGCCCCAUCAUCCCUAUUUUUUAUUUAUUCCUUGUCCAAAACACUGGCAGUAACAUUCUCUUGGUUGCUAACAGUUUUAGCUCUAGGAGACACAAUCCCAGUAGCAUCCAGUUUUGUCCCAGUAGUAAUGUGCUCAACAACCUUAGUAAUCACCCUUUCAGCAUCAGUCCUACAGCCUUCGUUCAUUGUAGCAGUUACUGCCUUCCCUGCAGCAAUUUCAACAUUCUGUUUACCCAAUUUUUUGUUAACCGGAGUCACCAGCCUCAGGUGGCCAUUGUAUUGAUAGAUUGCCAGCGUUUAAUAAAGGGAAUUCCUGAGGAACGAGUUGUUCUUGCAGUAGACACCUCCCCUGAGCUCUGCUUUUUUCUCGCCAUAUCAGGUAUAGAAGACAACAACCUGUAGACGAAAAUGAACAGUAAAUUCCCGGCUACACUGGCCCCCACCCUUCAGCGAACUUCCAAAGCUACGUCUGGAGACGGCGAGCCCCAAACCAGCUAGGAAUUUCAGGAACAGUAACAAAAUUCAAAGAUUCGUAGCAGAACUAAAAUCUAAGAGAACAGUAAAAUCAGCAAUGUCUCAUCCCAUUUUUUGCCUUCUUGGCCGUAAAUCAUCCUUCGAAACAUAAAUCCAAGGUCAACUCCAUAUAUGAUUUUAGUGGGGGUCGAACACUUCUCUAAGAUUUCUCAAAGUCUAUUAUCCCCGUGCAAUGCACGAGAUAACAAAUUAAUUAAGAGUUUUAUCAAUCCAAUACAUACGUAGUGUGUUACCUGAAAUUACUCUUUUCAAAUUACACAAUAGUUAUUAGGUUUACCAAUAAUUCCUAUAAGUAUAUUCUUAUCAAAGGACUAACACAAUAAAUUAGUGUUUUAAUAUACAUCAAAUUCAGCACAUCCACUUUUUUGUACUCCG